GGCUGAAAACACUUUUUAGUCUGCAUACUUGCCAUGCCCGAGUGCUUGGUGGAUGCUGUACAUUCUGGCUAUGUUUUUUUCACAUUUUGAAAAACAGACAUGGGAAACUGCAACAACUCGACUGUGGAGGAACUACAAGCUUGUGAGAGUCAUCAGUGGUACAGAAAAUUCAUGACGGAGUGCCCAUCUGGACUUCUCACCUUCUACGAGUUCAAGAAAUUCUUUGGCCUGAGGAAUCUGUCGGAGGCAUCAAACGCCUACAUCGAGACUAUGUUUACAACGUUUGAUAUGAACGACGAUGGUUUCAUUGAUUUCAUGGAGUAUGUGGCCGCUCUGAGUCUGGUACUAAAAGGAGGAGUGCAGCAGAAGCUCCGUUGGUACUUCAAACUGUAUGACAUGGAUGGAAGUGGCUGCAUUGACCGCGAGGAGCUGCUUCUGAUUAUUAAGUCCAUUCGUGCAAUCAAUGGAAUUCCUCAUGAGAUGUCAGCAGAGGACUUUGCCAACAUGGUGUUUGACAAGAUUGACAUCAAUGGAGAUGGUGAGCUGUCCUACGAAGAGUUCAUGGAGGGGGUCCAGAAUGACGAAAUGCUCCUGAAAAUGCUAACAGAGAGUUUGGACCUCACGCACAUUGUCCAGAAAAUUCAAGGAGAGAUGAGGGCCAACAUGUAGUAUUUCCAACUUAAACAGACUCGGAAAUACACAUUUUUAAGUGACUGUGCAACAACUGAAUGACUGAAGAUGUGGGUUCAGGAUAAUCCACAAAUCAUCAUUAGGACAAAUGGACCACUGGAUCAAUGUCAAAGCACAGCACCAGCAGAAUUGUUUUGGUUUUUCCUUCCUCCUCUGAUUAUUUCCACAUUUGUUCAUCAUAGUUGCCCCUAAAAUGUAUCAAUGGGAGUGAUCUUUGUCUACAUUAAUUCCUUUAAGAGUCAGAGAGCUUGUUUUGCAAUGAAAA